UUGAAGAAUGUGCUUGAUAUAUUUGUUGAAAUUGGAAUGGGCGAAAUGGGUUAUUAUGAGAAUGAAUUUGAAGAUGCAAUGCUUAAAGAUACUGCAGCUUAUUAUUCUCGGAAAGCUUCAAGUUGGAUUGUGGAAAAUUCUUGUCCAGAUUAUAUGUUAAAGGCAGAGGAGUGCUUGAACAAAGAGAAGGAUAGAGUGUCUCAUUAUCUCCAUGUUAGUAGUGAGACAAAACUUCUGGAGAGAGUGCAAAACGAAUUGUUGGUUGUAUACACCAAUCAGUUACUUGAAAAGGAGCAUUCUGGAUGCCGAGCAUUGCUUACUGAUGAUGAGGUAGAGGAUUUAUCUCGAAUGUUUAGGCUAUCCCACAUAAUCCCCAAGGGAUUGGAACCUGUUUCAAAUACUUUUAAACAGGUGCAACAGGACGAAGAUGCGACAAAUAGUCCGGUCUUGGUGCAACAGGCUGAAGAGAUGACAAAUAGUCCGGUCUUGGUGCAACAGGCUGAAGAUACGACAAAUAGCAUGGUCUUGGUGCAACAGGCUGAAGAGACGACAAAUAGCAAGAUUUUACUUCCAACAAUCGUAAAAGGGGCCAAGCUAGCUGAUAUGGAGGAGGUUGAGAGAAUUCCUUCCUCUGCAGAGCCUCCCACGGAACUUAGUUAUCCAUCAGUUGGCGAAAAACUAGUGGGGUCUGACGAUGAUGCAAACAAUAUAAUUGAAAAGUUGACGGCAGGGCCAUGGGACUUGGACGUUAUUUCAAUUGUCGGAAUGGCUGGAAUAGGGAAAACAGCUUUGGCUGGAAUGGUAUGCCGUGAUGUUUCUGUUAAUUGUCAUUUUGAUGUUCAAGCGUGGUGCUCCCUUGGACAAAUAUAUAAUGUGAGAAAGUUAUUUAUUGAGAUUCUAAGACAAAUAACGGGCAAUAGGUAUGUUAAUGUGGAUGAUCCUGAUGACAUGGUGCGGAAGACUCUUCUCAGAAAAAGGUAUCUCAUCGUAUUGGAUGACAUAUGGGAAAGCGAGUCAUGGGAUGAUUUAACACGAUGUUUCCCUAGGGAGGAAACGAGAAGUAGAAUAAUGGUAACUACUAGAAAUGCAGAGUUAGCUCGGUAUAUAAGGUUGUAUAGUGAACCUUAUUUGCUUCCAUUU